CUUUCGCUUAUUUUUUAUUGAAAUUCAAGAAAGGUCUUGAAAAGUAAAUCUCAGGUAGUUGGUUGACUUUGUCUGACUUUUUCAAAUAUAUCAGCAGCCUUGAAAGGAGCUUUAAAACCAUACAGCCAUUGUGUCUGUUUAUUCGUUAGAACGUCGAUCAAUCACCCAGAAUGUAACAUAACACCCGGCCUUAACACAAUCUAACUAUCUUUUCAAACUUACAAAAAGAUUCACAAUUUCAACGUCAUUGCCAUUAAUAUAAAUAUAAUAGACUUUUGACUUUGUUUUGAUAAGCGUCUGAUCUUACGAUUAGGGCCCAAGUAACAAGUUUUUAAGUUAAAAUUUGAGAGGACGCAGCUAUAGGAAAUCGAAACCAUGAAGGUUUUCGUUGUUGUUUUGGCGGUGUGUCUUCUUUUAGUCUGUGUGCAUGCCCAAAGAGAAAGAAAGAAAAACAAGGAUGGCAGAGAAGGUGGGAAAAGGGGAGAUAGAAGACCAGGCAAAGUGAAAAAGCCACGUCCAGGGACGGGUACUCCAUGUCCAGAUGCCAACAACGCUGCCUACGAGAUUGAAUGGAAGGGUAGAAAGGCAUGUUGCAAAGAUGGUAUAUGGAAAUGGCCGACAGGGGGCCCUGUGUUAGUCGAACAACCAAACGGCCAAGAUAAAGCUGAGCCAGUCGCCAAGAGGUGCAGAGGAUCAGGCAUAUUUACAGUGACUGGGCCAAACAAGUGUGAUUGCGUCAGAUCUGAUAUCUGUCCAGAAGAAGGAGACCUGAGAUAUGAGAACUGGUGCUGUGUCGACAAUGUAUGGAAGUAUCCGAAUGGCAACGGGGAGACGUACUUCAGCAGAUACAUCCAAGACGACGCCAAGGAAAUAGAACUGAGGUGCAAAGGAGGAAGAAGAUUCCAAAUCAUGGGGCCCCGUGAUUGCGGAUGCUUACCAUAUACUUCACCUCGUCAAGGCCCAAACGUUGAACAAGCCGGGCUCAGUGUUCCUGAUGAGGUUAUAAGUUUGGGACGUUGCAAGAAAAGUGGCGAUUUCAUCUUAAUAAACAGGAAUUAUAACGGUGAUAACGGCGUUACCACAACGGAUAGAAACAUACCAGCUAUGUGUACUCCCUCUCAGUCGGGACGUCCUACCUGGAAUGUGCUAUGCUGGCCUGAUAUGGAGGACCAUCAAUUCGCACAGGCUGUGUGCGAGGGAUUACGUGGUUGUAAACAAGGUGGGAGUGCAACACAGCGAGACUGUAAAAACGUCAAGGUUGUCCCCAUCGCAGAGUUCCACACGAAGGACAGAGUUGAUCAGCGAGUCCGACUCAAGUUUACAUGCUCCGGACCAGCAUCGUCAGUGGAAAAUUGUCAACCUGAGUUAACUGCUGGCUGCAACAAGAAGAUGUUCAGGAUAGAGGGAUGUUAUCCUCCCGAGAAGCAAUAGGCCAUAUGGUUCAUAUAGCCAUAUCAAUGAUUCUAUGAAGAUUAUUACAGUGAUUUAGAAUUUGGACAUACUGCUUUGAAUUAACACAUUAACAUAAAACAUCGAACCAAUUAGUCUAACAAAUGAAAUAAAGAAAAUAUAUGGAACAUUGACACUUUUAGACACUUCUAGUAUACAAUUUUUGUAACAUAUCAAUAUACAGGGUGACCUUAAAACAUGCUCUCUCAUCAAGUUAUUUUUAUAAAAAAAGCUUUUGAAAAAUACAGUUUAUUUUAUUUUGGCUUUACUUUCCAAAAGCACGUAAUUUUUGGAUUGCUUUCAUGCACAUUAUACUCGAGGCAAAAUGUAAUGACACAAGCAAGGCAAUAUGGACAGUCACUCAGUUUGUUGAUUUGGUGUCACAAAUAAUAAGUUUAUUGAAUGCUAAAACAUCUGUAGCACGGUUGUUGAGAUAUAGUAAACGUUGCAUUUUAAUGUAUAUGUACUGAACAUUCAGUCUAGACAGGUACAGACUGUAAUUAAUAAUUGUAUCAUGUUUAUGUGUAUUACACAAUGUAUGUGAAUUGAAGUCCUGGGUUUUAUCAAUCUGUUUCGCUUUUACUGGAUCACCCUGCAUUUAUUGUGAAUUGCAUGCACUUUAAGAAAUACAAUGGAAAAUUGACAACUCUAUCAAAUAAGCAUAAAUUUGAAUAUUGGAAAUAGAAAAAUGAGACUCAUGUUUUUUACUUGUGUUCCGCUCUGAUGAAAGAAAUAGUGGGAACGUUUGUGACAGAGCAUAGAGACUAGGAUUCAUGGAAGUCUAAAUAAUAAUUUUUUUAUUCAUGAA